AGGUCUAAUACCUUUCCUUUUCGUUACUUCUCUCUAUCCCUGACAUAACUUUGGCAGAAGAAUUGCAACAAGCCGAAAGACAUGCUGCUUGUGACCACUCUCUAUUAUUGGAUGCAAGGAAAUCAUUAAUAUUGUGUAAGCUGAGACACGAUGUUGGAAGUUUGCUGGCCUCCUUAUAGCACGGGUCUGUUGGUAGAACAGAGGAAUGUGGGCUGGUAGCUUGACAGUGUCACCGAUUGCAGGCAGAUAAAUUUAUCAGUCUUACCGCCAGAAGUUAAGACGCACAUGGUGUUUUGUAAUCAUAGGUGCCAGGAUUUUUUCGAUUCCCGUUUCCAGACGGACAUAUAAUGUGCACUGAAAAUACAAUGAAAAGUAUAUGGUCAAAGAAAAUUGUGUAGAGAUUUACUUUUUUCCAAAUGCAAUGGAUUAGCAAACAAGAUGCCUAAAAAGAAAUCAAAAAGUUCGAGGGAGUCCUUCUUUGAGACUGUAUGGGGACUUUCCAGACACGAUCUUUUCCCUGGGUCUUAGUCUGAAUGAUGUUAAAAGUAUUUUUACGCCGGAUUUCGCUAUGGAAGCUGUGCAUCUUCUCUGUGGUUGUCGUGUUGGGUCUGAAUGUGGCCCUCCAUCGACGGUUUGUGAGACUGGAGGGGGAUUCUUUAUGGAACGGCAAAGACCCAAGAGGUUUAAAAUUUAGUCCCUUAAGUCUCCAUGGAACAUUCGAAAACCGUCUUCGGAGGCUAAUGGAGAAGUCUACAGAAAAUGGACUAGAUGUGGUAAAAAUUCAAAACGAGGCACCAAUGCCUGUGUCUUACUCGGAAAAUCUCAUCAAGUGCGAAGAUUUUGUGGACAUAUUGAACAAGACUUACCUGGAAUCUGGCUGGACAAAGGCUGUUUAUAGAGGAAAUUACAGAGGGCUACCAGUUGCUAUCAAAACUGUGGAUGUAAAAGGUCAGCAUCUUAGGUCAUGUGUGGCUAAAGGUCAUCGUCAUGGAGAAUGUUACCAUCGAGCUGCUCAGAAAAUUGUCAAAGAGAUUGUUGUAUUGCAAGCUAUUGCUCAUGAAAACGUUAUUAAGGUGUUAGGAUUCUGUGUACCAGGCACCAGUAGCAACAUUCAGGGAGUUGCCAUGGUAACAGAGCUUGGUGACAGUGUGGACUUGAUCAAACUCCUACAGAUGUCGUGGGAGGACCGCUUCAGAAUUUCCUUUGAUGUUUCUUCCAUCAUUGAAUGGAUGGCCUCCAGUAAUUACGGCAGCCUCGCUAUGAAUGACUUCCGGCGACAGCAGUUUGUUCUUGUGGAUGGUUCUCUUAAGCUAUCCGACGUUGAUGACGUAGGGUUUGGAGAUCCCGGCUGUGUCAAGGAUGAUAACUGUACAAUACACUUUUCUAGCUCUAACUUCACACAAAAAAUUCCAUGUAAAGAAGGCACUUGUUUAAAUUACAAUGAGAAGAAAAAUCUAUACAAUGGAGGCCGCCAUUUUACGACGUUUCUAUUACCACAUGGUGCUCCAGAAUCCCUGCGCCCUCUGGUGGACAAAGUCGUGGAGGGUUACAACAAUCUUACAUUGAAUUCUCAUCAAAUAGUUCAACUGAUGAAAAAAAUUAAAAGUCUCUACGUAUCUGGAAAAUAUUUAAAGAGACAUAAACAACAAUUUUCCAAAGACUAUCAGUUUUAUCCUGCAAGUGAUCUCCCUGGAAAGUUUGACUACAGGUGUCGCCUCUCGCUGUCAGGAACAGGAUGCACACAUUCAGCUUAUGAUGUCUUGGAAGCGGCAACUCUCUGUGAUGCGGACUCGGACUGUCGUGGAUUCGUCGUUUCCAAGCAGACGACUUGGACAGGUCGUAUGUUGGUACAUUUUAAGUAUGGUUUUGAUUAUCCAUCAAGGAACUCUAAUACGUCACUGUAUGUAAGAAUCACGUGACAAUCACAGCUGUCUGCAAUGUUCCUGCAUGGAGGAGGAUUGCUCGUCAGUAAAGCAUGAUUAGCUGGGCGACGUGAUGGGACUGACUAGUUCAUCUUUAUGAUGUUGUACAUGCACGAAGAAUAUUUGUGCAUAUCUUUACGAUAUCAGAAGUUUUGAAAAUGAAUUGUGUACAAGGAACUAGGAUACUGGGACACCUGACUACAAUGAUUUUAUUCCUUUGAAUUAUUGUUCACAAAGGGUAUCUUCCUCUAGCUACGUCAACCAACAUUAUACCCAACAUUGUUUGACUUGUAAUCUGAAAGCAGUUCCAUUUUUAUCGUUGAUUCGUUGUCUUUGUUAAUUUGAUACGAAAGGGAAAUACAUGUAUACCACUUUACAUGCUUGAAGUUCAUUUUUUUUUUUUACUUGAAUUUGAAUUUCAUUAAUUUUAAGCCGUAGAUUAGUUCUUGGGACUAGUCAGUCAUGCAAUACACUGUAUUUAAUGAAUUAUACAGUUUUUUUAACAGAUGUACAUUUAUUUUAUAAUGACUCCCCCCCCCCCCCCAAAAAAAAAGUGUCAAGAAGGUUCCUGUGGUAUAUAACGUUAUUUGUUUGCAAUGUUGGAGGUUCUUAACGUGUUUCCGUGCAAUAAUAUUGAUUUCAAAAGGUGCUUUAUUAUGUAUACAGGGUAAUAUUUGUUGAGAGGUCUGGACAGAAGUUACACAAAUCCUCAGCAUUCCAUGUUACAAUUCACAUUUGUUGUUAUAACUUUUUUUUUAAUUUUAUUAUCGUUAAACUUUGUAAUUCACACAGAACUGAGUUCCGUAAUAUUUCCAUUUGCACAUUUGUAUUUUUGAUGUGAUGAAACUGUGUGUUUAUUAAUUGGCGUGCAUCUGAUGCCCCUUCAAACCACGGUUUAACCAUAGAUGAUAUUUAUGUAGUCUUCAGUAUAGAACUUUGAUUUCUGUUUGUCGAUGUAAUAUUGCUUUGUUAAACUGUUGCUGGUAUAUGCUUAUCAAAUGAACAUUAUACCGCAAUGUUGUUGUAUAUCAAUAAAGACAAUCCAAUCUUGUAA